AUCAAUUAAAAUUUAAAACAAAGAGGAAUUACCCGACCCGACGUCAAUCAAAAUCAAAGUUCCCCCUCAAACUACAAAACCCCAAUUAAGGUUUAUGCCUUUCAUAUACAUACAUUACACUACAGUUGCAUCAAUCACGCCUCAAUUUCAGAUAUAUAACGCAGAUUAAUGGAGCAAAGAUUAUCUAAUACAUGGCGUAUGACAAUCAAUGAGAAGAAAUUCAUCAAAACCUCGUUGCUUGCUGACCUAAGAGUUGAUGGUCGCCGCCCUUUUGACUAUAGACGUCUCAUUAUCAAGUUUGGAAGUGAAGAUGGCUCGUCGGAGGUGCAACUAGGCCAGACUCAUGUUAUGGGAGUUGUGACUUCCCAACUUGUUCAGCCGUAUCGAGAUAGGCCUAAUGAAGGGACGCUUUCGAUAUAUACUGAGUUUUCGCCGAUGGCUGAUCCUUCGUUUGAGGCUGGGAGGCCUGGAGAGUCUGCUGUGGAGUUGGGGCGUAUUAUAGACCGGGGUUUAAGGGAAAGCAUGGCGGUAGACACAGAGUCACUUUGUGUUGUUACCGGGAAGUUAGUGUGGUCCAUUCGCAUAGACAUUCACAUUCUAGACAAUGGGGGAAAUCUUGUUGAUGCUGCCAACAUUGCCGCACUAGCUGCUUUGUCAACAUUCCGGAGGCCUGAAUGUACUCUAGGAGGUGAAGAUGGUCAGGAGUUGAUAGUACAUCCACCUGAGGUGAGGGAGCCAGUUCCAUUGAUAAUACACCAUCUUCCUAUAGCAGUAACCUUUGGUUUUAUUGGUGAAGAGAAUAUUGUGGUAAUUGAUCCAACUUACUUUGAAGAGGCUGUUAUGGGCGGUAGUAUGACCGCUACACUUAAUACAAAUGGGGAUGUAUGUGCUAUUCAGAAAGCGGGAGGAGUGGGUGUCUUACCGAGUGUCAUCAUGCAGUGCUUGCGUUUAGCCUCUGUGAAGGCAGGCGACAUAACAAAUAUUAUAAAGAAUGCUGUUAAAUCUUUCAAUACCGAAAGAUCACUAAGGAAGAUCAAACGUCAUAACUCAUCAGUUAUUGAUGUGAGUGAAACAGCUCAGAAAGUAGACGUAAAAUUUUCUACUAAUCAUGUGAAUAGACUAAAGUUGUCAGAGGACAGCAGGGUUGCUCAAGGCAAUGGUAUGGAAGUUGAUGGUCAAAUAUCACAAAAAGAAGGAACUAGUAAGAGAGAUAGUAGUGCUAAGAGCUUCAUUGGUGGACCUUCUAGCUGGGACCCACAUUCGAAGGGCAUUGAUCCUGAUGCAUUAAGAGCUUCUUUUGCUUCACGAGUAGUCCUAGCACCUACUGAGAAGCUUGAAGACUCUAAAGUCGACGAGCCCACUGAUAUUGAACCGAACCAACCAAUUGUUGAUGACAAUUCAUAUAUAUCACCAAAAGAAGCAACCAAUACAAAAUCAAAAACAAAUGAAGAGAAGACUUUGAUAGAUGCUAUAAAGCCCAAGCACAGGAGGAGGAGGAAGGCAUCUUCCCAACAUUAAUUCAAGGGAAAAUGGGAAAUGUGUUCUGGCAACAGACUCCUAUUCGAGUUGAGGCCAAGUUUGAACAAGUUUGGUUACAUGGCUGCAUGAUGAGAGUAGGUUGUUUAAAAUUUGAAAGUUUCUUGGUGUAAAGGAGCAUUACAAUGUUUUCUGGGAACGCAUAUCUGCGGUAUAUAUAGAGUUAGUGACAAGUUAUAUUUAAAGCAUUCUUGAUGAUCUAUCAAGUACGAAAGUUAUUUUA